AUGAGUAAUACAAAUAAUAGCUUAUAGUAAAGUAUAGAUCCUAUUUUAGGCUUCGAUCCGUGGUUUUUAAAACCUCCUAAGGAGGCUAUGGAGAUUAAACACACAGACUAUUACAUAAAACACAAUGAAAAAAAGAAGGGUAACAGAAAAGUUUAUCAAAAAGUACAGUAUGAUGAAUUUGAAACCUAGCAUAUUGAGAUAUUAAAGCAGGAAAUGGAAAGAUAAUAAAUUCAAGUACCUCCUGACUGGAAAACAAGCGAUUACCUAAAAAUGUGCUACUGUGGGCGUUUUGAUCUCAAAAAAGAUGUGAAGGCUGCUAAAGAUCACAUUGAAUGGCGCAACAAUUUGACGAUGCAUACAUUAGAUGAUAAAGCAAGAGAACUGCUUUCAAAAGGAAUAUUAUAUUUGUUAGGUAGAGAUGAAAAUUUUCGUCCUAUUUUGUAUUUAGAUUGCACUAAAAUCAAUUUAAAAAAGGACGGUGAAGAAACAAUAUUAAGAUCAAUAUGUGUAUUUUUAGAUAUGAUAAAGAAGUAUAUGUUUUUAGAUUAUUAUAUUGAAAAUUGGAUCAUGGUCAUCGAUACUGGAGGACUUGGACUCUCCAGUUUACCUAUUAACGGCCUUAAAUUAAUUAUUGGAAGUAUGUCUAUAAAUUAUUGUGCUACUAUGGAAAAGAUGUAUAUUUUAAACCCAUCAUUUAUGCUUAAUACUUCAUGGAAUAUAAUCAAAGGGUUUAUAGACCCAGAAAGUGUAGAAAAGAUAUAAUUUUUAAAGCCUAAAGACUACAAAGAAAUGCAAAAAAGAAUACCUAUUAAGUUUUUACAGAAAAAAUACUGUGGAGAGCAUCCUGAUGUAACAUAAUUUUGGCCACCAUUAAAUGUUUUUUGUAGUGAGGAAGAGAGACAAAAAUAAAUAAAAAAUUAACAAUAAAAAUAGAAAGAUAAGGAAGCAGGAGCUGCAUAAAAUUCUUUAACAAAAAAAUAAACCUUAAAAGAAGAAAAGAAUAUAAGUGCUUAAUUAAAUGAAAAAAAUAGAAAAAAAACUGAGGAUAGUUAAGGAAUCUAAUAAAGUAAUACAAACUAUGUUAAUGGAAAUUCUGUCACAGCAUAAUAUAUGAAUAAUUAAAAUAAUCAAAUUUUUAAUGAUGGCAUAAAACCAAAAAUAAUCAUAACUAAAGUUAAAGACGAUGUAUUUGAUAGCUAAUAUGCUAUGGCAGGUUACGAUGAAUAAUUAGAAAAUUAGUUAAGAAAGUAAGCUGAAUAGAGAAGAUAAGAAAUGUUAGAACAAAAAAAGAAGUAAAUGUUAUAAAAAGAAGAGGAAGAAGCAGCGAAUUAAACUGGAUAGCCAGGUAGUUUAAAAUAAGGAGUGAGUUUAAAUAAUACAAUAUCAGGAAAUGGUAUCUCAACCAAUACUGCAGCCACUUACACUGCUGUACAAGGUGCAAACACAACGAAUAUAUCAAAUAAUAUUAAUUUUACUACAGAGCAUAGUGAGGGGAAUUAGUAAUCUAAUUAAUUUUAAAAUAAAGGGAAAAAAAACUUUAACUCAGCUGUACCUGACUUAGAUUCUUAACAAGAAGAUUCAGCUAUCUUUAAAAAUAAUAACUUGACUAAAGAUUAAGAUGGAGAUCCUCUAAUAUUUAAUCAUACAAAUAUACAAAACAAUCCUAUAAUAUAAUUUGAAGGAGAUGAUUCUUCAAAUGCUAAAUGCUGCUAAAACUGUAACAUAUUUUGA